UUCACCUUUAUGAAGCCAAACAGGUUCAGUCUUCUAUGAAUUGUGACACGUCGGUACAGCGCACCGUAGCACGAAGGCCGCACGGAACAUGUCCACUCUGAAGGAACGCAACAAAAUGUGCCAUUCUAAUUUAAUAUUCAUCGUGCUCUUCAUUUGUACUGAUUAUGUAACGGGCGAUAUCAGUACAUCCUUAGCCUUAAGUAAGUUGAACUCUGGUGCAACAUUUUUCGCUGGACCAUACCUAGACGGGAGCGGCGUUAGCAAUGUAACUACACAAAUCGGAACACAUGCAUAUCUGCCGUGCAAGGUGAAACAGCUAGGGAACAAAUCUGUUUCGUGGGUACGAGUGAGAGAUGAUCAUAUCCUCACAGUGGACAGAAUGACAUUUAUAGCCGACGAGCGCUUUCAAUCAUUCUACGUGGAGAGCAGCGGCGUAUGGACGCUGCAGAUCAAAUACGUGCAGGCCCGUGACGCUGGCAUUUACGAGUGUCAGGUGUCGACGGAACCGAAAAUCAGCGCCCGAGUACAUCUGCAUGUCGUUGUGCCAAGAACCGAGCUUAUAGGUGACUCCGAUCGCUACGUCAAGGCUGGCAGUGCCGUCAUUUUGCGAUGUGUGGUCCGGGGUGCCCUCGAGCCACCUUCCUACAUCAUCUGGUACCACGGUACGCAGCAGAUCUUUACCGAGAGCCGGCGUGGCUGGAAGACACAGCUGGAUCGUGGUGCACCGGAUCUGGACGGGGAUAUCCACAGUACGAUUGGCUCGCUGAUAAUAGAAUCGACGAGAAAGAAGGACUCCGGAAAUUACUCCUGCAGCCCAUCCAACAGUCCACCGAUCACUGUCUCACUGCACGUUAUCAACGGAGAAUCGUCUGCAUCCGCUGUCACGUCAUCGGCAAGAUCGCUGUUUGAUGACAGCAUAUCGAUGUUCAAACAGCGCAAUCUGCAGAUUCUACACCGGCAUAGGUCAUUUGUUAUGCUACUUGUAUUGGUUAUCUAUGCUCAGCUAAGCUGUCAUGUGAACUAUAGUCUCUAAGUAAAAAUCCUAG